UGGGUUGGGCUGCUUUGGGCAGGAUUCAGGGGGCGCUGCUGGGUUCAGCAGUGUUCAGCUAGGCUUGGCAGGGCGCCCAUAGCCUCAGCUACAUUCAGCUGGGCGCCACUGGGCUUGGCGGCACUCUGCAGCGUUCGUCUCCGUUUGGCUGGGUGCCGCUGGACUCGGCUGGGUUCGGCUGGACACUGCUGGGCUCAGCUGAGCGCCGCUGGACUCGGCUGUGUUCGGCUGGACUCGGCUGAGUUCGGCUGGGUGCCGCUGGAUUCGGCUGUGUUCGGCUGGACACUGCUGAGUUCGGCUCAGCGCGGCUGGACUCGGCUGAGUUCGGCUGAGCGCCGCUGGACUCGGCUAUGUUCAGCUGGGCUUGGCUGGACGCUGCUGAAUUCGGCUGCGUUCACCUGGGCGCCGCUGGACUCGGCUGAGUUCGACUGGGCGGCACUCGGCUGCUUCCGGCAGGGUUCGGCUGGGCGCCGCUAGGCUCGACUGUGUUCGGCCGAGCUUGGCUAGAAGCUGCUGGGCUCGGCUGCGUUCGGUUGAGCACCGCUGGGCUCGGCUGGACGCUGCUGGACUCGGCUGCGUUCGGCCGGGCGCCGCUGGACUCGGCUGAGUUCGGCUGGUACCACUGCACUCGGCGGUACUCGGCUGCUUUCGGCAGGGUUCGGCUGGGCGCCGCAAGGCUCGACUGUGUUCGGCAGGGCUCAGCAACGUUCGGCAGGGCUCGGCUAGGAGCCACUGGGCUCGGCUGGGCUUCGCCCUGAGCCAGCGGGUUCGUGGGCGUGAAAGGCAGAGCCCGGCCUCGCGCCUGGAGGCCGCUGGAUAGCUCGGGGACCUCCCUAGCUCUGCGAUAGCCAGCUAUUUCAGGCGCAUGCGGUGACGGUGUCUCCGUGCGACAGCGCUUUGACCAGCUGUGGCCUCCACGUCUCAGGUUCCGCAAAGACUUAUGGGAGCAACCCUUGAAACGGGGGGCCAAGAUGGCGGAAGCGGAGGAGUCUCCAGGAGACCGCGAGACAGCCUCGCCCAGGCCUCUGUUUGCGGGGCUUUCUGAUAUUUCUAUUUCCGAAGACACUCCAGUUGAAGGAGAAAUAACCAUUCCCAUGCGAUCACGCGCUCGAGAAUUUGACAGCUCUACAUUAAAUGAAUCAGUUCGGAAUACUAUCAUGCGUGAUCUAAAAGCUGUGGGGAAAAAAUUUAUGCAUGUUCUGUAUCCAAGGAAAAGUAAUGCACUUUUGAGAGAUUGGGAUUUGUGGGGCCCGUUGAUACUCUGUGUGUCACUUGCACUAAUGCUGCAAAAGAGUUCUGUGGAUGGAGAGCCAGGCGGCGGGCCCCAGUUUGCUGAAGUAUUUGUCAUCAUCUGGUUUGGUGCAGUUACUAUCACCAUCAAUUCAAAACUUCUUGGCGGAAACAUCUCGUUCUUUCAGAGCCUUUGCGUGCUGGGUUACUGCAUACUUCCUUUGACAGCUGCGAUGCUGAUUUGCCGCUUGGUGCUUUUGGCAGGGCCAGGUCCCAUAAACUUCAUGAUUCGCCUUUUUGUGGUGGUUGUAAUGUUCGCCUGGUCUGUAAUUGCAUCUACAGCUUUUCUUGCUGAUAGCCAACCUCCAAACCGUAAAGCCCUUGCAGUGUAUCCUGUGUUUUUGUUUUAUUUUGUCAUUAGUUGGCUGAUACUAACCUUCACUCCCUAAUAAAAUCAGACAGCCAGCAUUUAGAACUGAUGGAAUACGGAUGAUCAGAAGGCUCACUUGAUGACCUGAAGGCUCACCUUGAAAGACAGUUAACCAACUUCACUGUAGCCUCUUUUGGGACGUAUUAAAAAGGGAGCCACUUAGCACUGUUGUCAUUUAUAUAAGGAACUGAUAUUUGCUUGGCUGUCCUUUUCCUCUUAUUUCUUUCAAACCAUGUGCUUACUACACAUAGUAAAAUGCCUACUUAAGGCAUGAUGAAGACACUGGUCCAUUUGGGUGACAGCCAAUGAAUCAAGGAGCACGUGGAUCCACCUAACAAGUUAAAUAAAAUUGGUAACCAUCUUAAGAAGCUUGGAGAAUAUCUAUUCAGGUGCAGCUGUUAAACAUAUACUGCCUUAUAAUUAGGAGAAUAUGCCUCUUCAAAAUAAUACAAAGUUCGUAUCCAUUUUAUUUUUCUCCCUCAAGCUUAAAAAGGCAGUAACAGGAUAGGAAGGGGGUUAUAGAUGUGUGCAUUAACCACUAUUCAGAUUUUGAUCAGAAAUAAUGCUAAACUUAUUGAUUUAAGGGGGAAAACAAAUAGCAUCUAAAGAAUCAGCCUUUUUGGCAUUUUUGUAUAGUUACCUUUCAUGCUUUAGAAGCACCUCAGUUUUCAGUCUGGCUUUUAAUCUUGCUGUCAAGUUCUGAAUAUGCAAUAUUAGCAGUCAAACAUGCAGCUUUCCUUUGUCAGAGGUGUUCAUUGGUCCAUUGUUGGAGCUUCUCUGAGUAGAAGAACAUCUCAGAGUUCUAGGUUCAUGGCUCUCUCCUGCAUAUUGUCAUUUGGGCACCUUUUCAGGUACAGCUUAGAUAUUGCAUAGUAGGAGGAACUACUCAUUAUUUUGUGCAGUCCAGCCUUGGACUAGAAAGGUACAUCAGAGGUGUGCAUUUAACCAAGUGAACAUGGAGAAUCCAGUGUUCCAGAUGCUUAUGUAAGUGUGAUAUCGGGUGAGUUGAGUUUACAUCUGCUGGCCUUCCAUAGUGGGCUCAGCAGUAUUUUCAUUAGAUAAUGUUUUCUGGGCUGGGAAAUAGCAAUUUAUUUUCUGUUUUAGACUUUAUUUGUAAAGUUAAUUAGCUCCUCUUUAGAUAAGUACAUUUUGCACAUGUGCACCAACCUGUCCUCUCAGAUAUUUAUGCACAAGUGUGAAGACUUUUCAGGGAACAGAGAAUAUGUAAGACAUGCUGAUUCUCAGCUAAGCGGGACUCUGGUAAGGCAAUAUGAACUGUUGUCUUCUAUAAGUUGAUCAUUGAAAAACUCUAAUAAACAAAGCUUAGGAGUCAGAGAAUAUUCAUUGUGAAUAUGCAGUUACUUAUGAAGAUAGGAAUUUCUUAUUCCACUUUUUUCUUUAUCAUAGAAUUUAAAUAUUUAUUAAUUUUGUAUUUAAAAGCUACCUUCAUAUGGAUAUAUAGUUUUAAAAUCAAGUUUCUGCAUUCCCAGAGUAACCAAAUGAGCAACACUAAGCCAAAUAGAUUCAUGGGAUGAAUUACCCAGCAUUACAGAGUUGAUCCCCUGUAUCCAAGCCUUGUCCAGACUUGGGGAGUAUGUAUUUGAAUUCAUUGUAAUUUACCUUUUAAAUUGUGAAAUAAACCCUUGUGAGGACAAAUCCAAUGUUUCACCCUUGUCUUAGUAAAGGGAAAUUUUGAAACUGAUUCUAAUUUUGAAAUUUGUUCUUAAAUUAUCAUGUUUCUGUUACCUGAAAUUUUCUAACUUCCCACUAAAAUAUCUUUCUGCCAGUGUUACUCUAUAAUCUACUCCAAUGAUUAUAAUGUAAUAUUAAAUAUGUACUCCUACUUCUCAAAGGAAAUAGUCUUAACUGGGCUUUACUCAGGUGAAACAUUUGGGCAGAAACUCCUAAGACCACAUUUUAGGGAAGGGGUAUGGGAUUAAACACAUUGGAUAUAGGGCAGCUUGAUCCUGUGUACAUUAAUCUGUUGCUCUUGGGUGACACAGUGAGCAAUUUUAUGUGAUUAAAAUGGAAAUGCCGAGUUAGGGCAAUAACUCAGUGGUCGAGCACUUGCCUAGCAUUGCACAAUGCUCUGGGCUUAAUUCUUGGCACUGCAAAGAAAGGAGGCAGAGUUGGAUAAGUUAGAGGCUUAAUUACUGUUUCUCUGGAGUUGAAUGGUCAGAGGGUAUAAAUAUUUUUAAUAUAUGCAAAAAAGUAUGUUGCUUUCUGUGACAAGUAAAGUCUAGAAGUUCUAAAACUCAGCACUGCUUUUCCUGGUCUGCUGCAAAGGCACAUGGCUGCAUAUAGAAAUGAGGACUGGAAGGCAGGAGCCUCCAAUGGAGGAACUCCUGUUCUAGAAUGCCGUACUUCCUGUGGGUUUCAGGUUUGUGAGUAUCCCUACAGAACAUUCAUGGAGUGUCAGAGCCGGCCUGGGUGACCACUUCACCACCUAGUUCUGAGACCAAAACUCCAUUGUUUUGCUCGAGUGAUAGGAAGGGUGAAAACUUGAUUUAAUUGCUCUUCAAAUUAGGAAAGCUCUGUUGAUGGCAACAUACUUGAAUGUUGUAUAUGGUUUUGUGUUUUGUUUCUUUGUUUAUUUUUUGACCUCAAUUUUAAGUGAGUUGAAUUUGAUCUUUUCAUUGUGGUGGGGAUUUUCUUCUGUUGGGCAAAGUUACAUGGCAUGAGACUGGUAAGCUUUUCACUGUUGACUCUGUCUUUUAUAGUUUCCCCCAAAAUGUGACUCUGCUUGUCUUUUAUAAACAGUUUCCCCCGAGAUGUGAUUAGAAGGCUAAUAAGCCUGUACUUGGGGACAGAAUAUGUUCUUUACAUUAUCUGUUGACUUCCUGCAUUUGGACUGCCUUCUUAUUCCUGGAGAUGAAAAUGAAAAUCUGUCAGUUUGAUAUUCUUGGGUAAUAUCAAGUCAUCCAUUGCAUGCAGCUGCUUUAGUUCAGUUUAAAACACUCAAGAUGUGAUUCUUAGUUUGGGAGAUAUUUGGAUGGAAAUAAAUGUAUGAAUGUUAAUUAAUCCAUGUAUGUAAAUUUGAGACCCUUUUCUAUAUUCUGUGGGCUUUUAUUAAAAAUAGAGAACUUAUAGGGAUGUACUUUUGUUAAUAGUAAUAAUAAAAUUUACUGUUAUUAAUUGCUAA